AUGUCGGAGACUAUGGUACAACUACUGUAGAUGUUGAUCAUGCUCUGAACACAUCAUGUUUAUGUUGAUCCAUCUGUUUACGUUGCUUCAGCUUCAGCAUCGUUCAAUAAAUCUAUUUCUACUCCAUUUCCUCCUCCUGGCAUCAGUUGACGUGCGAUAUGGACGAGAGCUCUGAGAUGAGACAAGAUGCUAUCGCGCAAGGUUCUCUAGCAGUGCAAAAGUUCGAAACUGAAAAAGACAUAGCAAAGCACGUACUGCACUUUGUUCGUAGCUCGUAGCACGUUCCUUUUGCGGCCGCGUUCGUACAUUUGCUAUUUCAGGAGAUGACCUAGCGUCCUAUCUUAUCUUAGUAUUCUCUCCUUUCCUAGUUUUCUGUUUCAUGUGCCAUGAUGCCAAAAAAACAUUUCAAUAUUUGUAUGGUACAUGCAAAUGCGAAUUUUUUUUGUCUCUCAAAUAGGUUUUGCUCACUUUUCACUCGAUGUAGAAGAUCUAGAAAGUUUUUCAUCGGACAGAGUGAAAAUCCUCAUUUCAUCUCCACCUCCAGGUAAAGAACUUCUUCGACGCAAAGUAUGCUCCAGGUUGGCAUUGCAUAUGCGGAAAAAGCUUUAAUUGUGCCGCGACAUUUGAAGCGAAGACCUACGCUUUCUACCAGAUUGGACCAAUGAUGGUACAUUCCUUAUGCAUUUGACCUCAUUUCUAACCUUGAUAAUGAUCAUUAUCUUCACUCGUAGAGACAACUUAAGACAAACUAUCAGUUCUGGUUCAACUUCAACCUCAUGCUCAACAUGCACAUGUAGUGUGUUUCUGAUUUGGAAACAAGAUGGACCAAUUUGCCAUUGAAUAACGUCGCUUGAUCCCCCUUAUAUCUUCAGAUAUUGCUCUUCAAAUCGUAGUAGUGCGCAAGGCAUGGACCUCAGGAGGAUGAGGAGGUCAAGCGAUUCUUAAUUCGAUAUUGGGGAUCUGCAGGCGAACAACCUCGAUGUUUUUCGAUCCUCGGUGAAGGAGAGCGAGGAAGACAGCGGUGCUACUGAAAUUAAAAUUAAAUCAUGAUUGGAAGUAGAUUCUAUAUCUUUUUCGCUCACAUGAAUAAUAGCCAAUUUCAACUGUUUGUUACAAUAGAUACAGAUGACUUCCCUUGCAGUUAACUUAAGAGCAGAUAUCGACAAUCAAGAAUGAGUAGAGUUGUCUAAACGCGAAUGCAUACAGCACAUUGAAUUUGAAAGAUGGUCAUGGAUUGAAUACAUAGCUAUACCCGAGAAGUGAACAUAGACCCCAAACCCAACCUUAAGAGCACAAAAAAUUGUGAACCAAUUAGCACUUGUUUGGUUGUAAGAACGACAGCGCAUCAAAACAUUUGAACGAGAAGUGCGGCCUACGCCUACUUCAUCUCGACUGGUGAAAGUCGUUGUGAGGGAUAAUUAUUGAGAGCUACAAGAACAUCGAGUUCGAGGACUGGUACAGCGGCGCAAAGCGCUGUCACAUGGCAGAUCAUCGCUUCACUGUUUAUUUAGCCCGUCAUUGUUGUAGAUGAUCCAUGGCUAUUACGAUAAGAAGAUCUGAGACUGAGACCGUCUAUUCUUUUCUUUUUGAUGUUAUUGUCGAUUGCAC